ACAACUCCCUAAAUUCCUUGCAGUACAUGAUUUGACAAGUAGCCAAUGGGCGCCGUGACCGCCGUCACGUGACUCGGGCUGAGCGCUUCCUGCGGCGGUGCAAAACAGACUGGCGAUCUGAGGAAAGGAGAAUUGCAGUUUCUGGGUGGAAGAAGCAAACCCAGUGAUGGCCUCGGCUCCUAUAGCACCUUACAACUCCAGUCCUCUGGGGAACAGCUCCAGCCCAAACGCGUCCAGAGAGAGCCUGAAGAUGGAGCCGCUGGCAGAUGUUGCCAUGCUGCCGGGAGAAGAGAGAGUGAUCGAUAAAGACAUCAUCUACAUCUGCCCUUUUAAUGCUGCAGUCAAAGGAAAGGUGUUCAUCACCAACUACAGACUCUACUUCAAGAACACUGACUCAGAGAUGCCAGUUACCUUGGAUGUGCCAUUAGGUGUAAUAAGCCGUGUAGAGAAGAUGGGCGGAGCCUCCAGUCGAGGAGAGAACUCCUAUGGACUUGAAAUCACCUGCAAGGACAUGAGGAACCUGCGAUUUGCUCUGAAGCAAGAAGGCCACAGUCGAAGAGACAUCUUCGAGAUUAUUUUCAAAUAUGCUUUCCCACUGUCUCAUGGAAUGCAACUCUUUGCCUUUCUGAGUCAGGAGAAGUAUGAGGAGAAUGGCUGGAACGUUUAUGAGGCCAUGGAAGAGUACAGGAGGCAGGGUGUACCCAAUAGUGAGUGGAGGGUCACUUUCAUCAAUAAGAACUACGAGCUGUGUGACACCUAUCCCACAAUUCUUGUUGUUCCAUACAAGGCCACAGACGAAGAUCUUAAAAGAGUCGCUACCUUCCGCUCCCGCUGCCGCAUCCCGGUGUUGUCAUGGUUCCAUAAAGAGAACCAUGCUGUGAUCACGCGGUGUAGCCAGCCUUUGGUGGGAAUGAGUGGCAAGCGCAACAAAGAUGAUGAACGUUAUUUGGACCUAAUCCGCGAGGCCAAUGGUACCACCAAACUCACCAUCUAUGACGCCAGGCCUAAUGUCAAUGCUGUGGCAAACAAGGCCACAGGAGGUGGUUAUGAGGGCGACGAUGCUUAUCAGAACGCUGAGCUGGUCUUUCUGGACAUCCAUAACAUCCAUGUCAUGAGGGAGUCACUGAAGAAGUUAAAGGACAUUGUCUACCCUAAUGUGGAGGAGUCUCAUUGGCUCUCUAGCCUGGAGUCCACCCACUGGCUAGAGCAUAUUAAGCUGGUGCUAUCAGGGGCCAUUCAGGUGGCUGAUAAGGUGUCUUCUGGGAGCUCUGUGGUGGUGCACUGCAGUGACGGCUGGGACCGCACAGCUCAGCUCACCUCUCUGUCCAUGCUGAUGCUGGAUUCAUACUACAGGACUCUCAGGGGCUUCCAGGUGCUGCUGGAGAAGGAAUGGAUCGGCUUUGGACACAAAUUCGCUUCAAGAAUUGGCCAUGGAGACAAAAACCAUGCAGAUCAGGACAGGUCACCUAUCUUCGUGCAGUUUAUUGACUGCGUGUGGCAAAUGACUAAACAGUUCCCAACAGCGUUUGAGUUUAAUGAACGUCUCCUGGUGGUAAUCUUGGAUCACCUGUACAGCUGCCGCUUUGGCACUUUCCUCUACAAUUGUGAGAGUGCCCGUGAAAGCAAUAACGUUCGGGCGAAGACGGUGUCUCUGUGGUCUUCUGUCAAUAGUGACACAUCCUUGUAUAUAAACCCCUUCUACACACCAGAGUCCAGUCGCGUGCUUUACCCUGUAGCCAGCAUGCGCCACCUAGAGCUCUGGGUGACUUAUUACAUUAGGUGGAACCCUCGCAUACAACACCAGCAACAGAGUCCAGUGGAGCAGCGCUAUAAGGAGCUACUGGUGUUGAGGGAUCAGUACCUGAAGAAACUAGAGGAACUGCAGCUCUCAGACUCCACCCCCUCCUCCACCCACUUGACAAACAGCUCCACCCCCAACGCUGCCACGCCCAAUCAGCACAUCACACACUUACAGACACCGUUUUGAUCCCACUCACAAACUGCUACAGAUGUUGGACAAUUGUACAUAGCAAUAGUGAUAAUUAUGGUAACACAAUUAAUAGUGAUGUCGACGAUAACAAGUAACAAAACAAUUAUGCAGUAAACCACAGUACGCAAAAAACGUUAAACAAAAAGAGAAGCCUUAAAGUGACAGCGCUGUUUUUUUUUUUUUUUUUCUUCACGUUGCAAAUCACGGAUGAAAGUGAGUCAGAUUAUGUGUGGGUCUCCCAGACGCCACUUGGAUACUGAAAGCAAUGGAAUCGGAUGGACGUAUGUGGAUUAUGUGUUGCGCUACAUGUGUUAUUAGAGUUCUAAAGUGUCUAGAUCUGAGUGAAGAACAUUAUUGAAUGUUGAGCACCAGUAAGAUGCCAUCUAAAUGGUGUUCAGAAAGUGCUGGUCUCGUGUGGUGUCCAGUCAAUCCAAGCAGGGUCCUCAAACUUUUGUAGAGCAAUCGUUUCAUGAGUAUACUUGGUUUAACUUCUUGACAAACUCAAAUGGCUGACCUCAAAAGGUAAAAGAAGCAGAUAUGUUGUCUAAAUGUCUUACUUUUUCCUCCGUAAAUGUCAUUCGCUGCUCAGGUGAGUGUAUGAUAUGGUAGGAAAAUGUUCUGAAGCGAUUAAUAUUAGCUUGUUGAACAGAACCAUGUUUUUUUUUAAGUGAGCGACUUGGAUACAUUUUCGGUGCCUUUACUCAUAUCUGAGGUUUUCAGGUGUAUAUUUUAUAGCGAGACGUUGUUUUUUUUCUUUAUGGCAGCAUCAGUGGUAGAAUAGAGUGAUUUCCAUUCACUGUGCGUUUGAGCAACAGGUUGUUUCUUCUCCUGCUGAGUUCUGGAGUUGAACAGUUUGAAGUCCUAUGCUAGAGGCUUUACCCCAUAAAACGACGUGCAGUUGCCACGGAAAGCAAAUAUUUUGUUUCUGAUGGAGGAACUGACAGUAUUGCUCCCAACGAGAUGUAGCAUAGUCUGCAAAGUCUUUUGGGAAGGACGGAGUGGCUGGGAUAUGAAGCGGUGUGUUUGAGCUGUCCCAAAUUCAGCCUUUUCCUGAGGAAGAGAGCGGUGACUGACUGAGGAGGCCUUCGAGUCAUUGCUCACGCUGCCUCGGAAAACUGAACUUCUAAAGACUUUGACCUCAAUGAGGAUAUGACGUUUAAACCAUAGUGUGUGAAGAAGACAAACAAGUUCAAUAAACAAACAAACCAUUUGCGGUUGGUUGUUUUUAGGGGGGAAAAAAAGACAGAAAUCUAUUUUUGAUUUUGUACAAGUACCAGAACUAUGUAAUUACCUCAAACAAAAACCUAUUUUACUGUUGAAAGUUGUAUUGUUGUAAAAUAUAAUUAUUUUAUUCAGUGUAAAAUUUGACAGUUUUAUAAAAAGGAAAGUAAUUAGAAAAAACUGUAUUGGUUGGUUUUGGUAAUUGUAGGUCAUCAUCUUAUAUGUAUAAUUUCUUUUCUUUUUUUAAUGGGCAUUUAGGUUUUGCUUUGUAACAUUUUAAAGAUCUGAAAAGGAUCUGAUUCUGUAGGGAAUUCUUUUGUUCUCAAUCCCGUCGCAUGAGAUUGAGUGAAGGAAAGCUGCACUCUGAUUUUUUUUUUUUUUUUCUGACAUUAUCUUAAGUUAGACUUAAUAGUUUAGAGGGAUCUAUUUGUGUUUUGUAUUCCCACAUGUAUCCUUUAUUUGUUGGCCAGCUAUUGUUCUGUACAUAAUGCUGAUUAAAUUAAUUUAAAGAGUUCACA